AUGGAUUUGGCUUUGCAAGUUGUACUGUUGGUCCAGUUCUUCCUGGGGAUCACUAUCAAUGGAUUCAUUGUUGGGGUGUAUUUGACACAGUGGAUAACUGGUGGAAGCCUCAAUACCAUUGACACAAUCCUUAUUUUUGUGGCUCUAAUGAGAUUCCUUUGGCAUUGGGUCAUUUCUUUGACCAGUUUCAUUCCUGACAUUGGGUUACCGGUAUAUGCUACUUGUUUUGCUAUGAGUUCUUUGUUAAACUGGAACAGCUUUGGGCUGGUUUCUGUGCUCUGCGUCGGCUACUGUGUCAAGAUCUCGAACUAUAACAACGAUGUUUUCGUUUACAUCAAGCUCAGGAUCUCCAGAAUAUUAAAAUGGCUAAUUUUGGCCACUUUGGUGAUUAGUUUGGCUUACAGUGUGAUUUCAGUUCCAUGGGAUUUUGUUUUGUCCCAUCAGAAUAAUUCCGACAUUUGGCUUGUGAACAGUCCAUUAAUGCUAACGGGGAUAAGCACGGACUAUAGCUUCGCUCUGUUCUGCCUUGCGUUUUUCUUUUCAGGACUAAUGCGCUUGUCCUCUAUGACAGCUUUGAUUCACUCUCUCUGGAGACACACACAGCACAUACAAUGCAGUGGGGCGCCCAUACAAAACCCACAUCUGAAAGCCCAUUUAAGGGUAAUAAAAGUACUGAUAUUAUUUCUGUCCCUUUACAUUAUGUAUUUUAUUUCAAUGCUCAUUGGUUCACUUGAUAGGUACAAAGUAAAAGAGAUGUCGAUUUCCUAUGUUAUAAUUCUCUGCUUCUACCCCUCUGUCCAUUCUGGGGUCCUGAUCUUCUCCAACAAGGCACUGAGAAAAGCCUGUCUGGUUAUGUAUCAUGGAUCCAUUCAUUGUGCCAAGACCAGGAAACCAAACACCCAAAUUCAGAACACAGUGUGAAUAUGCUGAGUACAUAUUUGCCUACUGUAACUGUUCAUUAUUGACUC